AUGGCAACCGAGAGCAGAAUAAUAUCAAUAAUAAGCUCACUGCAUAAUAAGGUUGUCAGUCCCACAAAUCAAAGUCUCCAGCUAAAUCAGGUACACCUCCCCAGCCAGUUACCAGGACAGGAGCGCGGCACCUGGGUUCCCACCUUACAGGGGGGCACGCUGGGCACAGCAGCAGGCACAUGCCUGCCCUCACCACGCAGCCAGCACAUGGGCCCGCCCUGCAGAGGACCUGGCUCCAGCCGCGCAUUCGUCCUUUCCAGCCGCCCUCUGAAGCUGAGACUGCGGCACUCAGAUGGCCGGGAGGAGGGAAGAAAUGAACGAAUCGUGAAGCCUCGGAACGCGCAGCAGCGCAGUGUUGCAGUCGGCAUCUUGCAGCUUCCUUGUAGACGCACCUAA